CUCCCUCUAAAACUACUCUGUGUGGGGAACAUGAGAGUCAGACCAAAGCUCAGAGGAAGAAACCUGGACCUGACCCCAGCUGUCCGUCUUUAAAGAGUGACUGUUCUAAACAACACAUAUUUGAAUUUAAAGAACAACCCUCUGCUGCAGAGAGGAAGCAACCUGGACCUCCAGCCAGCUGUAUGUCCUUUCAGACUGACCGGUCUGAAGAUCGCCCCAUUAACUUUACAGGACACCAAUCAUAUGCAGCAGACAGUGAUUCCUCCAGAGAUGCCACCAGGAAAACUGGUUGUUCUGCACAGCUACACCCAACACGCCUGGACUCCAUAUUUAUUCUUCUGGAGGACAAAAUCAUCACUUUUGUGAAGACUGAGCUGAAGAAGAUCCAGAAGAUUUUGAGUCCAGGUUGCCCAGAAUGGUCAGAGAGACAGAUGGACGAUGAGGAUGUGUUGACGAGGAGCAACAGAGAGGCGUUUCUAAAAAUCACACUGAACUUCCUGAGGGAAAUGAAGCAGGUGGACCUGGUUGACCUACUGCAGGGCAGAUCGCCUAUUGGAGCUUCUCAAAGUCAUAUAAAGUCUGUUUUGAAGAAUAAGUUCCAGUGUGUGUUUGAGGGGAUCGCUAAAGGAGGAAAUCCAACUCUUCUGAAUCAGAUCUACACAGAGCUCUACAUCACAGAGGGAGGGACUGCAGAGGUCAAUGAUGAACAUGAGGUCAGACAGAUUGAAUCAGCAUCCAGGAAACCAGACAGACCAGAAACAACAAUCAGACAAGAAGACAUAUUUAAAGCCUCGCCUGGAAGAAAUGAACCAAUCAGAACAGUCCUGACAAAGGGAGUGGCUGGCAUUGGGAAAACAGUCUUAACACAGAAGUUCAGUCUUGACUGGGCUGAAGACAAAGCCAACCAGGACAUCCAGUUCAUAUUUCCAUUCACUUUCAGAGAGCUGAAUGUGCUUAAAGAGGAAAAGUUCAGCUUGGUGGAACUUGUUCAUCUCUUCUUUACUGAAACCAAAGAAGCAGGAAUCUGUAGCUUUGAAAACUUCCAGCUUGUGUUCAUCUUUGAUGGUCUGGAUGAGUGUCGACUUCCUCUGGACUUCCACAAAACUAAAAUCUUAACUGACCCUAGAAAGUCCACCUCAGUAGAUGUGCUGUUGAUAAACCUCAUCAGGGGGAACCUUCUACCUUCUGCUCAGCUCUGGAUAACCACACGACCUGCAGCAGCCAAUCAGAUUCCUCCUGGGUGUGUUGACAUGGUGACAGAGGUCAGAGGGUUCACUGACCCACAGAAGGAGGAGUACUUCAGAAAGAGAUUUAGAGAUGAAAAGCAGGCCAGCAGGAUCAUCUCCCACAUCAAGACAUCACGAAGUCUCCACAUCAUGUGUCACAUCCCAGUCUUCUGCUGGAUCACUAGAGGGAGGCAAGCUUCCCAUGACCCUGACUGA